ACGAGCAGUUACGCGAAUAACUGGACAUCCGAUCAACCGUGGCUCCCUCUAUCUCUUGCGCAGCUGCGCGACAGCCACGCGACACAGAUGGCGCUACUGUCGGGCAGCGCGGCGGAGGCGGGCGCGGAGUCUCUAGCUCAGCUCGCGCACGAGACGGAGGAAGUACAGCUGAAGCUGAGGGAGGAGACGGAAGCUCGCGAGUACGUCGCGCGGGAGCUGCACGCCGCGGAGGGUCGGCUGGCUGCGCUGCAUGCGGACAACACGCGGCUGGAGCAGGAGCUACACGUGGAGCGCGACAUCCGGCAGGGCCUCGACGUAGAACUGGAACUGACCUCUAGCCGGCUGCGCGACCUUGAGCGCGCGCGAGACGACCUUGACGAGGAGCGGCGGCAGCUGGAGCGAGACCGCGGCCUCCUGGCGGGCCGGCUCGGCGACGAGGCGCAAGGUCUGCUGCGGGAGGUGGAGCGACUACAGCAGGAGAGGCGCGAGCGACAGCGCGAGGCCGAGACCACGCAGCGAGAACACCAGCGCCGCCUGGAGGACGCCGCGGCGACGCUCGUCGAGGCGCAGCGCCGCCUGGUGGAGGUUGAGGAGCGGCAGCGGGCGGAGGGCGACGAUUGGCGGAAGCAGCUGGAGAAUGUGGAGAAACAGCUGAAGUCGAACAAGAUGUUCCUAGAGGAGCAGGCAGCAGAGAGAGAGCAAGAGAGAGAGGAAUACCAGAAGGAGAUUCACGACCUGCAGCGUCGCUCUACGAGGGGUCAACGAGGUGUCGUCACCAUGGAGGAGCAGGAGGGAAAGAGUUGGAGAGUGGAGAGCUUGGAGCAGCAGCUGGCAGAGCUUCAGGAAGCCCACUCCCAGCUGAUGCUGCGCACGGAGGAGCUACAGCGACAGCUCGCCGCCGCCGAGCCGGCUAAACGGGCGCUCAGCGACGCACAGCAGUCCCUAGAGCAGGAGCUGCAGGAGCGGCGGCAGUCUGAGGUCGAGGCAGUCAACAGGGUGGGACAGCUGGAGGCGUGUGUGGCCGAGCACAGGAAGGCUGAGGAGGAGAUCGGACGCGAGAUCGACACGCUCAAGGCCAUGGUCGUCGGGAGGGCGGCGACCUGAGGACUCGCGUCGAGGACCUCGAUCGUCUCUCGCAGCACCAACCGCGAACCUACAGGC